UUAGAUUUAUCCACCGGCAAAUAACCUCCACUAAACAAAACAAUACUUGCUCCAUUUCUAGGGUUUCAAUCUCACUUUACAUUCCCUGUUUAAUACUAACUUUAUAUUAUAUCUAUUGUAUAUAUCUGCCCUAGAAAAUACUCAUCUAAUCAAUUAUCAAACAAUGAUGGAUCGAUCAAGAUCUAAGCGAUACUAUUACGAUCACCAAGACUAUAACAAUGACCAUCAUAUGGAAACCCUAAACCCUAGGCAAACUAAACAACGUUAUAACAACUACAACGGCGGCGGUCAUUACGGUGGUCCAAACAACCACCACCACCAGCGCCGGUCAAUGGCCGGUGCUGGAGCUGGCGGAGGUGGUGGCCGGAAGCCGCAAGAAGGAUCGUCUUUAAUGGUGACAACUAGUUAUAGGAUAUUAUGCCAUGAUACAAAAGCAGGAAGUGUGAUAGGGAAAUCAGGAAGUAUAAUAAAAGCAAUUAGGCAACAUACAGGUGCUUGGAUUAAUGUACAUGAGUUAUUACCUGGUGAUGAGGAAAGGAUUAUCGAGAUUUCGGAUACGAGAAGGCGUGACCCCGAUGGACGGAUGCCGAAUUUUAGCCCUGCACAGGAGGCAUUGUUGUUGAUUAAUGAGAGGAUAUUGGAGAGUGAUGGUGGUGGGGGCGGCUACGGUGGGUAUGGAUAUGGGGUUGAAGAAGAGGAUGUUGGAAUGUAUGGUGGAAGAGGAGGAGGUGGCAUGAAUAAGUUGGUUGCCAGAUUAGUUGUUUCGAGAAUGCACGUUGGGAGUUUGCUUGGGAAAGGUGGGAAGAUUAUUGAGCAAAUGAGGAUGGAAACCAAGACGCAUAUUCGGGUUUUGCCUAGAGAUAAUAGUAUUCCUAGAUGUGUUACUAUGGCUGAGGAAGUUGUGCAGGUUGUUGGUGAUCUGAUCUCGGUAAAAAAUGCGAUAGAAAUUAUUUCCUCACGAUUGAGGGAGAGUCAGCACCGGGAUCGUAGUCAUUUUCAUGGACGGCUACAGUCACCUGAUCGGUUCUUUCCUGAAGAGGAUUUUAUGCAUCACCCAAAUAACAUGAACCGCCGACCAUCAAUGGAUGGGCCUAACUAUGGGUCACGGUUUCCUGGUGGUUUAAACAAUUCUAGAAGCUUUAAUCAGGGGUCGCGUCCAUCUGGUUAUGCUAAUGAUACCGGAGCUAGUCCCAUGUCUGACAAUGCUCAGUCCGUCUAUCCAGAAGAUAUUGUAUUUCGAAUUCUUUGCCCUAAAGAUAAGGUUGAUAGUGUUAUUGGGCAAUCAGACGGGUUUAUGGAGUUGCUCCAGAAUGAAAUUGGUGUAGAAGUUAAGGUUACCGAUCUUGUGGCUGGAUCAGAUGAACAAAUAAUUACUAUCUCUUCGGACGAGGGCCCUGAUGAUGAGCUAUUUCCUGCUCAAGAAGCUCUUUUGCAUAUUCAGACUCGAAUUUUGGAUCUUGUUCCUGACAAAGAAAAUGUUAUUACAACUCGUCUUCUACUCUCUGCUGGUGAAACUGGAUGUUUAGAUGGAAGAGACGGAUUCAUAUCUGAGAUGAAGAAAUUGACAGGUGCAGACAUUCAGAUUAUUCCCAGGGAAAAUAUUCCACAAUUUGUGUCUGCCAAUGAUGAACUUGUACAGAUUGUUGGAGAGAUCAAGGGUGCUAGAGAAGCUCUUGUGGAAGUGACAUUGAGACUACGUAGUUAUUUAUUUGGAGGGCUUUUUCAAAAGGAUAAUCAACCCAUCCCCUUUCAUGCGCCGAGCCCUGGGGGGAGUGCUACAAACGUGGAAGCAGCUUCCAGCAAUAAUACAACUCCACGGGAAUCUUAUACGGCAAAUGAUACUACUGUUGCAUCCAACCAGAAUAUGCAGACUACACCACCACCAGUUCCAGCAAAGAAUACUGGGGUAUCUAACAGCGAAGCUGUGAAUCAAACUGAAAGUGGGAGUCGUGAAGAUGCACCAAGUGCACCAAGUGCUGUAAACAGGAAACCUGUGCAACUAAUUACGAGGAGUAUAUUGGAAAUUGUCAUACCAGAAUAUGCGGUCCCUAAGCUCAUAACUAAGUCGAGGAAUAAACUUGCUCAGAUUAGUGAACUUUCGGGAGCCAAUGUCAAAUUGCUGGAUACAAGCGCAGAAGCGACUGAGCACAUCAUCCAGAUAUCUGGUAACAGAGAGCAAGCUGAAAGAGCCCAGAGCUUGCUUCAAGGAUUUAUAUUGAGCACUCAAGAAGAGUAGAAGACAUAUAGUCCCAAAACAUCAACAAGCCUCUUGCAAAUCUACACUUGGAGUUCCAACAUGUAUUCCCAAACAAGGAGGGGAUAAAACUAGGCACACGAACCUACUUGUGUCUGUUGUACAUGUGAUAGCGUUUUAGGAUCAAGAAACCAAAUUAGCACCAUAGUUGUAAGUUCUAUAAUUUAUGUUUGCUUAUAGGAUGGUGUUUGGAAUUGCAUAAGUUGUUGUGUUUAAGCUUAAAAGUGAUUGUGCUUGCUGCAUUAUUUAGUUGUAUGAGUUGUAACAUAUUCCAGUUUUCCCCAAAAAUGAAAAGGUUGCGAGUUCGAUUCAA